AGGAAGAGCGACAACAGAUUUAAGUGUUGUCUGUCAACUAACUGCUCAGUUGUUUCUAGUGUUUAUGAAAAGACUAUUUGACAAGAAUGGAGACCACAGAAGAAAAGAACCAACUAUUUCCAUUAUCCCUGCUGUCAGUCAAGAUUCUGAAAGCCAGUAUCGUCACCUCUUAUACGCCAUUUUCCGCGACUCAUUGCUACGUGACUUUGCACCUGCCAACAGCAUCACAGGAGAUAUUCAGAACCCAGACUGUCAGGAAUUCUUACUACCCAGUCUGGAAUGAAACAUUUUAUUUCAGGAUCCAAACCAAAAUCAAGAAUAUCAUACAGUUGGAAGUUUGCGAUACUGAUCCAGCCACCAAUCGUGAUAUCCAUUUAAUUGUUCUUUUUGAUUUGUCAAAACUCCAGCCUGGAAGUCCAGUCCUUGAGAAUUUUUCCUUAAAACCAAAGAAACAAGAACAACCUAAUCAUUAUGAAUUUCUAGAAGUGGAAUUCAAGCUGUCAGAUGUGCCAGGUCCUCCUGAGAAACUGAUUUCCAAUGGUGUCCUAGUGGCCCGUGAACUUUCCAUUCUGGAUGUAAAAGUGAGCAAGGAGGAUAAUGAGAAGGUUUUGGAAGCCAAUAAAAAUGUGGUCUUUUCAGUCGAUCAAUCUUAUGAAGGAACACAGAAGACAAGCAAAAAUUUAGAUUCCUUCCGCUUUCAUUGCAUAAAAAGCUUUGGACCAGUACUAAAAGUUAAAGUUCAGAACAUUAUACCUAACAAGGCCAGUGAAUCUGAUUAUUCAUUAAUUCUGCCUUUGAAACUGCUUCCAGUUGGCAACCAAGUCAAAGUUGAAUUACCAACAGGGAAGGGGAGUACCUUGGAGCUGUAUCUCCAGGUAAUUGACCGGUCACAGAAUCUUGAUGUGCGCUUGGGUUAUGAACUUUGUCCUGGUGAGCAGGAUUUUCUGCGCAAGAGGAAAAAGGUUGUUGCAGAUGCCCUGUAUAAGCUUUUUAAUCUAGGAGAGAAGUUACAAGAGGAUGAGGUCCCAGUGAUUGGUCUUUUGGCAACUGGAGGUGGUAUCAGAGCCAUGUCAUCCUUGUAUGCUCAACUCUCAGCCUUCCAGAAGCUGAACCUUUUGGAUUGCAUUACAUAUAUCACCAGUGCUUCUGGAUCAACAUGGACGCUGACAAAUUUGUAUCAUCAUAUUGACUGGUCACAUCAAAGUUUUGAAGAGCACAUCAAUAAUAUAAAAAGGCAGUUGCUGAAGAACAAAAAUAAUAUUAUUUCUACUGAGAGAUUGAAGCAGUUUCACAAGGAGCUAACUAAGCGGAUAAAAGCUGGUCAUCUUUCAUCUUUUACAGCACUCUGGGCCCUUAUUCAGGAAGCUUUUCUCCACAAUGAAGCAAAUCCCUGUAAGCUCUCAGACCAGCAACAAGCUUUGAAUCAGGGGCAAAACCCUUUUCCUAUUUACGCAGCCAUCAAUGUCAAAGAAGAAAAUAUCAACACUUUUGACUUUAGAGAAUGGGUGGAGUUCAAUCCUUACGAAGUGGGUUUCCUAAAAUAUGGUGCACAGAUUCGCUCAGAGGAGUUUGAUAGCGAAUUCUUCAUGGGAAGAAUGGUAAAGAAGAUCCCAGAGUCCCGGAUUUGCUAUAUGGAAGGUAUCUGGACUAACAUCUUCAGUCCAAAUCUCCUCGAUUGUUUGUACUGGGCUACAACACCAAAAGAAUUCUGGGAACGAUGGGUGAAAGACAUGUCAAUAAAGCAUAAGAAUUAUUCUUCAAGUCCUUAUCCUGCUACGGUCUACAAGCCUCCAAGUUAUCCCUGUGGAAAACUUUGUGAAAUCUUCAAUGACAUUUUAACUGAUCGUCCUUUAAGGGGGGAAAAUUAUAACUUCCUACAAAGCUUUGAUUUUGAUAAAGAUUAUCUGGAUCAGAAAGAAUUCAUGAAAUGGAGUGAUACUAUAUUUGACACUUCUUCUAACAAGUUGACACCAAACACAAAAUCCCUCUGUUUAAUAGAUGUAGGAUAUUUUAUGAACAACAGUGGUAUAUCACUUCUCAAGCCAGAAAGGAAUGUGGAUAUAAUUAUUCUUCUGGAUUAUGGGAUGACUGGAAUCUUAAGGCAAAUGAAGAUGAUGGCUGAAUACUGUGAAAUCCAAGGCAUUCCCUUUCCAAAGGUUCAUACGAGUGAGAAAGAGCGAAAGAAUAUGAAGGAGUGCUACGUUUUCUCAGAUGAAGAUAAUCCCAAAGCACCAAUAGUAAUUUGUUUUCCACUGGUCUGUCACACCUUCCAAGAAUACUCAGCACCAGGGGUCAAACGCACUCCUUCCGAAAUGCAAGAAGGUAAAGUCAAUCUGGAAGAAGAAGUCUCACCCUAUCAGACCCUUGAUAUAAACUAUACUGAAGAAAACCUUGACAAACUAAUACAUUUAUGCAGCUACAAUAUUCUUUAUAGCAAAGACAUUAUCUUCCAAACCAUUCAAAGCGCUUUGCAGAAAAAACGGCAUGGUGGGUCCAGAAAUGAUAAACAAUAAUUAUUUGUCUCUUUAAAGAGAAGAAAUCCAAUAUGUAACAUGAUGCAUUGUUUGAAGCAAUAUUAAUUGGUUUUCAAUAUGCUGUAGUUUGUUGGAUGCUUGGAUAAUUCUCACUCUUGAUUUAGCAAGUGGAUUUAAAACUAAAUAUACUGCUGUAAGCUUUCACAGCUGGUAUUUGUUGGGCAGUGAUGGGCUUCAGAGUUUUGUGAUCGUGGUCUAUAAAACAGAUGUUCUAUGUUAAACAGCAGCUCUGCCUUCAGAGGCAAAGGGGUCAGCUAAGCAGAAGCACAGGCCACUGAGCAAGGACUGACAGGGAUCCUAACUUUAUAGUCAGGCAUCCUGACUAUUUGGCCUUUAGCAGAACAGGUUUCCAAUUGGGGCAGGUUGGUAAGAGCUAAGAGAUGGUGAGAGAUCACGUUGCCUCUGAAGAUGCAACGUGAAGACACAGAUGCAACUGUGAAGACACAGUUGUUGGCAAAACAUCAAGAAAUCUGUUCUCUAGAUGAGGGUCACUAUACCCGAAGCCCAAUGGCUUUUAAACUCCUAAUUUAUUUGAAAUAGCCAUGUUGCAUCAGGUAAACUCUAGUUUGUGUGCCUGUACAAUCAAGCUAUAAUUUGAUCAGUUUUGUUCUCUUAGUACUUCUAAUUCUAUUAUUUCUUCAAUUUUCUUAUAAAGGUGAGAUUAAUAAAAGACAUACAUUCAAAUAUUACCUAUUAGUGUUAUCCAACAUUUACUGUUAGAAGUGAUUUUAGAGAUGGUGUUGACUGAAAUUGAUGACAUACUGUUUUCUGAAAUAAUUGAACCAUAAUUAUGUUUCUUUAUAACAUUGUAAGAGAACUUAUUCUCUAUCACUGUAUUGGAUAUGAUGAGAUGUGGUUGGAUUUUAACACUUGCAGAAAAGCAUGAACUAACUUGACUUUGUUCUGUAUCAGCUGUAAAUAGUUGCAGUAUAUAAACAAGGAUAAAUAUUUACUUUGUAAAAUGAGAGUUAUUCUUUGUUAUUUUAAAAGGACUGACACAUUUCACAUGUAAAUGAUAGCAGUUCAAUAUGAAAAUUAUUUUAUUAUUUAAAUGGAAAUCUACCUGGAAAUAAGUUUAGUAAAUUCCAUAUGACUGAUUUUUGAAUUAAAACUCAGAAGUUUAAUAAAAUUAGAGGCAUUGGUAUUAAUAUGUUUGAAAUUCUAAAACCACAUUGGUGUAACUCAACAGAUAUUGAAUCAAAUUCUGACUUCAGCUAUGGGAGUUUAACUCUUGGUAGCUAUUGCCCGACAGCUAUUGGUUUGCUAUUUUUGGUGAUUUAAUUUAUUGAACCCUCUCCCAUGACACAUGUUGUUAAACUUUUUUUUGAAAAAGAUUUACCCAUUUAUCCAUUGUAGAAUGAAAAACAUAAAUCUUUUAAGAUUAAUCUGAGAAAAUACUACUAUUUUUCAAAAAUUCUCCUUACCAGAGACUUCUGUACCCUAUUACUGUGAAAAAAAACUUUAAAAAUGUAUGUAACAGUAUACAGUGCUACAUACAGUACACUAUUUCAUAAUAAAACAAAUACUUGUUUACAAAUACACAAAAC